ACACGUUCCUAUUACAUUUAUCGAAUUUUCAGUUUUGGCCCUCUUUUUUACAUUUCCUUCUCUUUCUAGGGUUUCACUUUCUUGAAAUCAAUCACCACUUUCACUAGCGCCACCGCCUCUUAUGGCCGAAGUCAUUACCAUGCCGGUCGAUUCUAUAGAACGCCGCGGUGGUGGCCGUGACCGAGACCGGGAACAUAAGGAGAAAUCUGACGAUCCACAAUCUUCCUCUCCGCCUCCGCCACCACCCCUGCCUCCGCAGCAGAACAAUCCGAGACGGCGCGACAGAGAUUCAAGAGACCGAGACCUCGAUAGGCUGCCACCGCCGCAGCCAAAUCGACGUGACUACUACGAUAGGAAUCAUAAUUAUAAUAACAAUAGGUCUUCCCCUCCGCCUCCUCCACCGCAUCAUCAUCAUCCAAGGGAGAGGGAUAGAGGAGAAUAUAACAAGAGAAGGAAUAAUAAUAGCAGUUUGAGUCCUCCUGCUCCAGUGCCGUACAGAGAUAGGAGACAUUCGCCUCCACCUAGACGUUCCCCGCCGUAUAAGAGGUCGAGGAGAGAUGAUGGAGGAUAUGAUGGCAGAAGAGGAAGCCCUAGAGGUGGAUUUGGACCUGGUGAUAGAAGGUUUGGAUAUGAUUAUGGCGGUGGAUAUGAACGUGAGAUGGGGGGCAGGCCUGGGUAUCCUGAAGACCGGACUCGUGGACGGUACAUGGGUCGUGGUGGUGGAUAUCAAAGUGGUCCCUCUGACUGGGAUUCAGGACGUGGCAAUUACAUGGAAGCUUCCAACACAAUGAGUACCCAAAGAGAAGGCCUAAUGUCAUACAAGCAAUUCAUUCAGGAGCUCGAAGAUGACGUUCUUCCAGCUGAAGCUGAGCGCAGAUAUCAAGAAUACAAGUCAGAGUACAUUUCUACCCAAAAAAGAGUUUUUUUUGAGGCUCAUAAAGAUGAGGAAUGGUUGAAGGACAAAUAUCAUCCAACCAAUUUGGUCGCCGUCAUAGAUAGGAGGAGUGAAGUGGCACGGAAGGUUGCCAAGGAUUUUAUGCUCGACUUGCAAAGUGGAGCCUUAGACUUAGGUCCUGGUGUCAAUGCCCAAUCUACUAAUAAAUCAGGACAAACAAGUGAACCAAAUUCUGAUGAUGAAGCAGACACCAGUGGCAAAAGAAGACGGCAUGGGCGUGGACCAGCUAAGGAUAAUGAUCUUCUUUCAGCUGCUCCAAAGGCCCACCCAGUUAGCUCAGAGCCCAGAAGAGUUCAAAUUGAUGUUGAACAAGCCCAGGCCCUGGUCCGCAAACUUGACUCUGAGAAAGGAAUAGAAGAAAAUAUUUUAGCUGGUUCAGAUAAUGAGAAAAUGAAUAGAGAAAAGCCUCAUAGCAGCACCAGUGGACCUGUUAUCAUCAUACGUGGCUUAACGUCUGUCAAGGGCCUGGAGGGCAUUGAACUGUUGGAUACAUUUAUUACUUACCUUUGGCGUGUCCAUGGUUUGGAUUAUUAUGGAAUGGUUGAAACUGCUGAUGCUAAGGGUCUCAGGUAUGUCAGAGCAGAGGGGAAAAGUUCUGAUGUGAAUAGUAGUGGGCUGGAGUGGGAAAAGAAGCUGGAUUCACAUUGGCAAGAAAGGUUGAGGAGCCAAGAUCCUUUGGAAAUUAUGGCUGCUAAGGAGAAACUAGAUGCUACAGCUGUUGAGUCUUUGGAUCCCUAUGUACGGAAGAUACGGGAUGAGAAAUAUGGAUGGAAGUAUGGUUGUGGAGCUAAGGGGUGCACAAAGCUCUUCCAUGCUUCUGAGUUUGUACAGAAGCAUCUCAAACUGAAACACCCUGAGCUUGUGAUGGAGCUGACAUCCAAAGUCCGGGAAGAUCUGUAUUUCCAGAAUUACAUGAAUGAUCCAGAAGCACCCGGUGGCACACCUAUUAUGCAGCAGCCUUUACCGAAAGAUAAGCCACAAAGACGUAAGUUAGGUCCAGACAAUCGAUUAAAGGAUGAAAGGGGCGGACGUAGAGAGCAUGACGGUCGAAUAAAUGGGAGCGAAAGAUAUGAAAGGUCUGAAAACCCACAGUCAGGUGACAAUGAUGGACCUGAUGGAGGGAAUCGCGACGACCCCAUGUAUGACAAUUUUAGUGGUCAAGGCAUUCAUGUACCUUCUUUUGGCUCAGAUAUACCUCCUCCGCCAGUACUGAUGCCUGUACCGGGUGCUGGUCCACUAGGGCCUUUUGUUCCUGCUCCACCUGAAGUUGCUAUGCGGAUGUUCAGAGAACAGGGUGGUCCUCCUCCAUUUGAAGGUGGUGGUAGAAAUGGGAGGCCUGGGCCCCAGAUAAGUGGACCGGCUCCAAUUCUUCUCUCUCCAGCAUUUCGACAGGAUCCUCGUCGAAUACGCAGUUAUCAAGAUUUAGAUGCACCGGACGAUGAGGUGACGGUGAUAGAUUAUAGAAGUUUGUAGGUGUCGGAGUCAGAAGAGCAGUAAGAUUUGGCGUUUCUUUUCGGUGGAGGGGAAGAUUAGCUUGUAAUGUUGUAGCGUAAUCCAACCAUGGAAGCGAUCACCUUGUACGUAAAUUACUUUGCUGCUGAGCAUUGGCUAGUAGCUGUAAUGUAGCAUUGGCUGCUGCUGUGAUAGAUACACUGCAGAUUGUGAGUGGUCCUGAUUCAUUUGACCUUGACUGAAAGCUUAAUGAUGUAUUUAGGGGUUGGAAAAUAGAAUGUUUAGACAAAAAUGUGCUUGUAAAACGGACUCGUGUGGAAAGCAGAUUUGAGAUGACUGUCAAUUCGUUUCUUUGAAUUGUUUAGUAUUCUUUGUUGAUAAUAAAAGACGAUAAGACCUUCCAA